CAGCCGGAAUUCUGAAGUCUCUCCACUUCUUCAUAAGAACUCUCCCAAGACCUGCACAACUUCCAGUUAGAGCGGACGUGUGUAGGUAUUCAGACUACAAUCAACUUCUCUCCUGUCCGAGUGAAGAGGAAGAAGCAACUGACACAGGAUGCUCGGCCAUCUGCUGCUAGUCCUGGCGGCACUGUCUGUCUUCUUGUCUGUGUCCACUGGAGGCAAAGUGCUGGUGUUUCCUUUAGAUGCCAGCCACUGGGUGAACAUGAAGGUCAUCAUUGAGGAGCUGCACUCCAGAGGACAUGACAUCACCGUAGUGAGACCGUCAAGCAGUUGGUACAUUAAAGGAGAGUCUCCUCUCUAUACCUCGCUCACCAUCCCAAUGGGCCAGUUUAAUCAGGAUGUGGCGGAUGACCUGGGAUUAACAUUUUUGAAUGAACGAAUGAAAGGCAAGUCUGAUUCAGAAAUGGCAAGACUAUUUCUAGAGCGGUUCUCAGAAAUUCACAAGGAUAGCUGUACAAUGGUGACUACGAUGUUUGAAGAUGAGAGUCUUAUGAGGUCACUCCAUGAUGCAAAAUACGACUUGGUUCUGACGGAUCCUACUUUAGGAGGUGGGGUGUUCCUCGCACACCGGCUUCAUCUGCCACUGGUGAUGAAUGUUAGAUGGACUCUGUUUGGAGACGUUCACCAUGCCAUCGCCCCGUUCCCUCUCUCAUACAUUCCCAUAGGGGCUGAGCUGACGGACAAGAUGACUUUCUCUCAAAGACUGCAAAAUAUAAUGAUGUAUGUGUUCAGUCAGUACUAUUUCAAACAAUUAUUUGACUCCCACUACAGUGCUCUCACCAAACGUUACUUUGGCCCUGACGUCGACUAUUUCUCCCUGUUCCAGGAUGCCGACAUCUGGCUUGUGAGGUAUGAUUUCACCUUUGAGUUCCCACGCCCGACUAUGCCCAAUGUGGUGUACAUGGGCGGGUUUCAAUGCAAACCUGCUAAACCACUUCCUGUUGACCUGGAAGAGUUUGUCCAAAGUUCAGGGGAACACGGAGUCAUCAUCAUGUCCAUGGGAACUAUGUUUCGUAAGCUCCCAAGUGACAUCACUGAGGAGAUAGCUGCUGCUUUUGCUCAGAUUCCUCAAAAGGUCAUUUGGAGACACCAAGGGCCAAAACCAUCCACUCUUGGCAACAAUACCUUACUGGUCGACUGGCUGCCCCAAAAUGACCUACUGGGCCACCCAAAGACGAAAGUGUUUGUAGCUCAUGGAGGCACCAAUGGUGUCCAGGAGGCCAUAUACCACGGUGUUCCCAUAGUUGGCUUGCCUUUAGUGUGGGAUCAACCUGACAAUCUAUCUAAGAUGGUAGCGAGAGGAACAGCAAAAGUGGUGGACAUUACCACCAUGGACAGAGCAGUGUUUGUGGAGGCACUAAGGGAGGUAAUGCAUGAACCAUCCUACAGGGAGAACAUGCAGCAGCUCUCCAGGAUCCACCAUGACCAGCCCAUGAAGCCUCUGGACCGCGCCAUCUUCUGGAUCGAGUUUGUGAUGAGGAAUGGAGGCGCCUCUCACCUUCGCACACAGUCCUUCAGGAUGUCCUGGAUUGUUUAUCAUUCUGUAGACGUAAUACUGACACUGAUGACUGCUCUUCUCCUCUUUCUACUGAUUGUCUUCCUGAUCAUCAAGAAAUGCCUCUCAGUCUUAUUUAAGAAGAAAGUGAAAUCUGAAUAACUUGUUCACCAUCUGUAAAGGGCAAAGAACUACUACAUGUUUUCAGAUCUGCUUAUACGUAUUGCCUAAAUCUAUAAUAUGGUAGACCCGCCUACCUAAAUCAUUAGACGUCAUACUGAUUGCAAUGAUGGCCUUGCACUGAUUCUGCUUCUGGUAAUCGAAAAAAUGUCUCUCACUUUUAGUAGAAAAGAAAGUGAAAGCUGAAUAAAAGGCCAGUGAUUCCUUAAAGGUAGAGUAUGCAAUCUUAAUAGUUUAUUUUCAAAACGUAUGUUUCCCAUUCACAAAUUUCACAUUUUUUUAAAGGUACACUGUGUGAGAUUUUUAGCUGUUUAUUUCCAGAAUUCAUGCCACCCAUUCACUAAUGUAACCUUUUUCAUGAAUACUUACCACCACCAUCGAAUUCUAAGUAUUCUUUAUGACUGGAAAAAUUGCACUUUUCAUACAUGAAAAAGGGGAUCUUCUCCAUGGUCAGCCAUUUUGAAAUAGCAAUUUUUAGAAAUAGCAAUUUUUAGUUGCAAAAAUGACUGCACUUGGGUCAUAGGCCUACUAGAAAAUCUUAGUUUAUUACUUAACUUUCAUGAAAAUGUCAAAUUUGGCAAUAGACAGCCCAGUUUCAAUGAGCAGCAUAGUUGCAGUACUUUUUUUUUGACCAUUUCCGGCACAGUGUACCUUGAAAUAUUCACAAAGAAACUUGUCUAUGCCUAAAGACGUCUAUGACUGGUAAUUCAAAAUGGUGGACAUGGUGAUUAUCUACCCAGUCGUGUAUGAAAAAUGUACAUUUACAAGUCGCACUUAAUGUUAAGAAAUUGGUGCUAGUGUAUAUUAAUGGAAAAGGUAUAAUUUGUGGGUAGCAUAAAUGGUAGAAAUAAACAUCUGAAAAAAUUCAGUGCCCUGAAGAAGGCACUCAUGCCGCUACGCGUGGGCCUUGUUUUUAAUAUGUCCAUGUAGCUGUCAUAUUAAUAAAGGCAUUUUAAUUUGGAGUGCCUUCUUAUUUUUUGAUCCUAUAGGGAGAUUGUGUUUGGAUUUGUGAAGUCCACCCUGGCCAUCAAGGAAUGCUUGUGAAAUGUGAAUAGUCCUACAUGAAAUUCGCUUGAAUUUCUUCAUAUAAAACUUUAGUAUGUUUAUUUCUUUUCUUAAUUCAGUUUCACUUAGUAUGCGUUUUACAUUAAAGGGUUGAAAAUUUUUUGUGCUUUAAAAAAAAAAAAAAAAGGCUGAUCACAUUUCAUUUAGGUGAGCUUGAUUCAUCAAUUGAUAAUGUACUGGAAUGUUGAAAGGCCUUGCACCAUAAACUCAUCGAAUGUUUGUUCAAUAAAUAAGAUUUAGC